AUGGCUUCUCCUUCUGGAACGAAUGUGCAAACUCCCCAACAUCGACGUCGUGAAAAACCCAAAGGAAAUCCUGCCAUAUCUCAACGAUACUGCGAUCCACUUCAGCUUGAAGAACAAGAUCGAGGAGAGCUUGUGUUUUAUGCCACAUUCCACCCUACAGCCAUUCGACUUGUUUUGCGUGGGACAUGUAUUCGUCGUACAGCUUCAUGA